GGCUCGUCUAGAAAUCGGAUGAGGUGAGAGAAGAGGGGCGCAGCUUAAGCCUCGAAGAGAUGGCUAUGGCAAUGGCGGCUUCGCUCGCGGCGCACCACCACCUCGCCGGCGGCGGCCUCCUCCCCACGCCACGAGCGAGCGGGAGGAACGGCCGCAGCGGCAUCACCAUAUCCAUGAGAGCGCAGAGAAAGCAGAGCGGUGACUCUGGGAGUGGGAAGGGAGACGGCGGAGACGGGCGAGUCAGCGGUCGGCGGCGAGUGUGGCGUCGCCGGAAACUGACCAAAGAGGAUGACAUGUUGCGGUACAAGUUGGAACGUGUCCCUUUCUUAGAAGAGAAAGUGAGAAAAGUUAGGGAAAAUGGGAAGAUCAUAUGCUUGGACAUCAACCAGCUGAUGUUAUCUGAAGAGAAUAGAUUUGCUUUCACAAUAGAGGUGGCUGAGGAAGCUAACUCUUAUCUUGAAAAGAACAGGCAUGAGUAUGGACUGAAAAAACCUAUACUACAUGUGCUCAGUGACCGCAUGAAUGAAGCUGGGUUUUCUCGGCCGGAAGGCUACCUUUAUCCUUAUCCUAUUAAGCCUGGUCCUUAUUUUAUUAAAGAAGAAGGGCACUGAAUAAACCUCAUGCUCUACAGACCAGAAAACACAAGAUGGGACCUCUUUUCAGAACGGAGCAGUCCUGCAGGUAGUUUUGCUGCGUACACUAUACGGUUUGGGAGGAUUUGGGGAUACCUCGCAUCACUUCCAUGAUCAAAUGCCGCCUAUCUCCAGAUCUCUGAUAUUUUGCAAGAAGUUCACCAGGCUUAAUGUACAGUAAGGGCAGUGGAUCCUGUCAUUUUGUUUGGACGGUCUUCUGCUUUGCUUUACAUGAGUCCAGGACUAUAAAAAGUGAACAGUGAGUUCUGCCGUGAAAACCAUGUCAAUGGGGGUAGACAACCAUUUUCUCAUGCAUCAAGCUUUGAUUAAUCAAAAGAUCCAUCGGGUCCAUGCUACUGUUGUCUUCCUACUGUACCGUUGUAAUCUCAACUGAUUUACCUUGGACUUGGCUACCUAGUACAGUAGUACCCAGGGUGAGUCUAAGCAACUAUAUUUUGCUUCUCUUUUGGGUGGCAACCAUAUCCUGAAUCCUAACUUUUGAGAAGCCAAGCUAGUAAAGUCAAGAUAUUAUACUCCUGCUUGAUCA